CAAACUUAUCCGGGGAAUUAAAAAAAAUAUUAGGUAGUAGUAUUUCUGCUAGUUUUGAAGAUAACUUUCAAUUGAUUAGGGCUUCUAUAGGAGCAUUUUUUUUUUCAGGAUAGCACACAAUACCUAUUAGUGAUGUUUGUGUUUGUAUUCAUUCAUAUAUAUAUAUAUAUAUGUGUGUACUACGAAGCAUUGGUUUGGAAAACAAUAAAUUGAAUAUGUAUAUUACCAUAAAAAUAAAACUUUCAUCUUGUCAUACUCUGAAAGCACCUAUUCCAUUCCCUUUCACCUUUUUAAAAUUAAAUCACCGACUACGCGUCAAUGGACAUAAUAAAAAAAAUAGCUCAUUCCAGCAGGAAUCGUUUUCUUUUUUCGUACACGAUCAUAAAUCCAUGGCAUUGCCUGUUCGAGGUGGUAGAGGUGGUGGAAAAGGAAUGAUGCGGAGCACCCGUGGUGGAUUUCAGCACGCCUCAGGUCGUGCGGCGGCCACGGGGAAUAUCAAAAAAGCGUCGUCCGUGCCUGCCUUCCCCGUCGUGCGCCGCGCAUCCCACCAAGGCCACAGCCACGAACCUGCACCCCACGUCGUAUCCUCCCGUCGAGCAGGGGAUGACGAGGAUGAUGAGGCCGCCCCCAUCCCCCAAAGUGCGCGGCAAUCAGGCCGCGCGGGGCGCCACCCCCAAGACCCCACCACCCCACCCCCCGCCGCUUUCCAUUCCGCCUCCACACGACCCCUAAAAGGGCAUUCCUCUCCCGGGAUGGCCCCUCGCCGGCAAUCUUCUCAGGCCCCGGAGCGGCCUUCCCAGGCCCAUCCCCGUACCCCAUCCGCUCCUUCGCCGAUGAUCACGACCAUCACCGCGGACGGCACGGAGCUCCCGCAGAAGCUCAACAACAAGAUAUUUAUUGAUGGGCUUCCCUACCAGCACACCGCGGGCCCCGGGGGGGCGACCUUGGAGGAUGAGCUCUUUCAGUUCCUGACGGCCUGGAAGGUCGGGAAGCCGCUGCGGCUGAUUAAGAAAUCCGGGCAGGGCUUCGGGUUUGUGGUGUUUAAAUCCCCCAAUAGUGUGCCCACCGCGGUAAAGGUGCUGAAUGGGCGUAAAUUUCUUCGCCGGGCGCUCCGCGUCGAGGUGCCGAAGGCGCGGGACUUGGAGACGCUCCAGGACCGAGGCGGGGCCGCGGACGAUGAAAAGGACAGCUUCCGUCGUCAGGUUCUGCUGACAGAUUUGGCGAAGGUCGCGCAGCCCGAGGUGAUUCGCGAGGUCCUGCGGGACAUCGCCCCCCAACUCGAGCAGCGCCUACAAACGAUAAAGAUGACCUCGCGUAAUCGAAAGGCGUUUUUGACCUUCGAAUCGGAGGAGGAUGUGGGGACGGCGAUCACCUUUCUUGACCGAUUUCAUCUGUUGGGUCGUCGGAUCUCGGCGGUUCGGGCGGCCCCGCCUGGAACGCUACCCUACUCCCGCGGUGGGGCCAAACCGGCGUCCUCCAUCGGCGUGGAUGAACCCCAAUCACCGCCCCAGGGCGGUCUCAACAACGACGACGAUAACCUCAUCGUCCCCCUCGGCAUCGACCCCUCGGCGAUGCCGAGGGCGAAGGCCCCCCAACACCCCUCACCCCCCGCUCCCAAACCCGCCUUUCACGCGGUCGGCGCUUCAACGGGCGAUCGCGGCGGGCAAAGUCGAAAGUACGAUCGCCUGGUGAAAGGCUCGCCGGAGAUCUAUGUGGGGAACCUCGGCGAGCACCUCACUACCCAGCAGCUCCGCGAGCACUUUGAGGGGUGUGGGAAGCUGCUCUCGUGUGAGAUUCUCGUUCACCCCGAGACGCACUUAAGUAGGGGGAUUGGGAAGCUCAUUUACGCCCUCCCGUCCUACGCGGCGGCGGCGCAGGAGCGGCUUCACGGCUCGCGAUUACGCGGCUGUGUGCUGCGGGUGGACCGUGGCGAGGAUCGCAGUGCGCCGCUGGCCUCCGAGCUUCCCCCGGUGGACACGGCCGAGGAAUACGACGAGGACGCCUACAUCGCCGAGCGCUUUGGGAUUAAGGAUAAGGAACGCUACUUCAAGGGCACCUCAUUCGAAGCGAACGAUGAGGGGAAGUCCGUCAAGCCGAAACGCGCCAAGCGCGCUCUCGAGGAGGACAUCGAGCGGCCACCGCAGCGAAAGAAAGCAGAACGUGAGAAAAAGGAAAGCUUUCAUGGUGAUGCCGAUUUAGUCGUGGGUGGUGACCUCUUUGCAAAUCACAAAAAAACUUCUGGGCGGGUGGAAAGUGACGAUGAGGAGGAGCAAUUCUUUGAUGUUGAUGACGAUGAGGAAGUACAAGAGCGCUCGAAGGCCGUCAAAGGCAAUAAGGGUAAGCCGAAAAAGAGCUCCGCUGUGACGGCUAAGAAGUCAGCGCCUUCGAAAGCCCGUAUAGGGAAAAAAACUGUUCAGACUAAUGGAAAGACGAAAAAAGAGCAUAUAAGCAAACCGAAGACCCAACGAAAGUAA